AAAAAAGAUAGAUGAGUAAAAAACAGUAGACGUUGCAAGUAGUAUUUGGGAGAAAUGUACGUAAUAUAUUUGAUAAUCUCUUUAUUCAUUAUAUUGAAUCCCCAAGAUGGAGCGACUUGAUCACCUACUUUCACCAAGUACACGUCCCAUCUUCUCAAUCCGUCAUACCUUGUGGCGGUAUUUCCUCAAGUCCGAUCAAAAAGAAUAUCCCUCUGGAGUAAUUGAGUGAUGUGUUGUCCAGUGGUCUCAAUAUUUCGAAAACUCAUUCCACCGCUUCGUAUUUUCUCAGUGCCUUGAUUAAUUAUGCAAUAAUCAAUAAUAAAACAAUGAAAUAACCAGUAGGAUGUGGUCAUUGGGUUAUCAUCUUCUCUAUUUAAAGUGAUCACGUCAGAUUUGUAGCUUUUCAGGAAUGAGUUAAAUCUGGAUUGUGCCCAUUCACUUGAUUUAAAGAACAAUUGUGUAAUUGGAGUGACGUGAGUGUUAUUAUUUAAUUGAAAAUUAAAAACAUGGGAUUUUCUACGAGCCUCCAGGGACAGGCAUCGCAUGAGGCCCUCUUAGGCAGACAAGAUGCGGAAAUUAAACUCCUUGAGACUAUGAAAAGGUGUCUAACAUCUAAAGUCAAGUCAGAUCGGGAGUAUGCCUCGACAAUAUCAUCAUUGAGUAGUCAGGGUAAAAAAGUUGAACGAUGUGAUGACCUUGUUGGCAGCCUCAUUACUCAGAGCUGGAGGGAUAUUAUGGAUUGUAUUGAUCAGACUGCUAAAUUGAUUAAGCAACAGGCUGAUUCUAUGGAGAAUAUUGUCAUUGAUCAUAUUAAUAGUCUACAUUCGGAGAGGAGACGAGCUAGGAAGUUGUACCAAGAAGAGCAAACUUGGCUUACUAAUCAGUUUCAGCAGCUGAGUGAGGAUGUUGCGAGGAAGAAGACAGAGUACCAAAAGAAUUUAGAAAUGUACAAACUCGCACGUUCGCGUUUUGAGGAGCAUUACGUCAAAUCUGGGAGAGGAGGAAGAAAGUUGGACGAUGUGAGAGAGAAAUAUCAAAAGGCUUGUCGUAAAUUACAUCUCACCCAUAACGAGUACGUGCUAUUGCUCGGCGCUGUAACGGAUUGCGAACACGAUCUAAGGAAUUGCUACCUGCCGAGUCUUCUUCGGAGGCAACAGUCCAUUCAUCAGGAGUUUAUUGUUGCCUGGAAGAAAAUCCUCCAAGAUACUGCGAAAUACUCCCAUUUUGCAUCUGAGAAAUUUGUUGAGAUUCAGGCACAGAUGAAAGCUGCAGCCGAUUCUGUCAAUCCAUUGGACGAGUACAAGGAUUUUAUUGGAAAGCAUGGGACUCGACCAGCAUCACCUCUUCGUCUUUCCUUCGACGAAAAUCUGGUGGAUAAUACGUCUGGCAAAUUAUUACCAAAUAAACUGACUGUGGAUAAUCUGACGAUUGAUUGGCUACGAGCUCGUUUAACUGAGCUAGAGAGUUCAUUGAAAGCCACCCAGCAGAACCGUCAGAGUAUUCAACCAACCGAAAAUAACUCUGAUCUCAGCAAAAAAACGCCACUGGAUUAUUCUAGAGAGAGAGAAGAGCUGAGAUUGCGUUGUCAGGAGAAAAAAAUAUCCAGACAAACUGAAAUUAUUCGUGGUGCUUUGAAUGAGUUAGGCUGUGAGGAAUUACCGUCUGGAUGUGAUUUGUCGAUGGAGGGCUCUUUCACAGAACCCUCGACACAAUCAAAAACUUCGCUGAAAUCAAAGAAAUUUCAGAAGAAUUUAGGUCCAGAUAAUGGUUUAUUUACAUUGAGGCGAAAUCAACAUCUCCUGGCCAUGAUUAAAAAAUCACCACUCAAAUAUCUCCCCCCAGUUAAUGACACCAAUAAUAUUGCAAUGUCACACAGUGCUGGGUCCUCACCAACGCCUAUUCGCGUAAACUCAUCUCGAUACACAGUACCCAGUGGAUUGAACAAUUCCACCAACAAUCAGAAGAGCAGUGGAGGAUUGAUCGAGGAGGAAUGGUUCCACGGAGUAUUACCUAGAGAAGAAGUUGUUCGAUUGCUAGUAAUCGAGGGUGACUUUUUAGUGAGGGAGACAACCCGCAAUGACGAAUGCCAAAUCGUUCUAUCCGUAUGCUGGGAUGGCCACAAGCAUUUUAUCGUUCAAACAGCAUCAGAGGGCCAUUAUCGUUUUGAGGGACCAGCUUUCCCCUCAAUUCCAGAAUUGAUAAGACACCAGUGGAAAUCUGGUCUGCCAGUUACUAGUCGAUCUGGGGCAGUAUUAAAGACUCCAAUUCUGAGAGAGAGGUGGGAACUCAACAACGACGAUGUUAUUCUGCAAGAAAAAAUAGGGCGUGGCAAUUUUGGAGAUGUUUACAAAGCGAAAUUACGCUCGUGCCAGACGGAAGUCGCUGUGAAAACGUGCAAAGUUACGCUGCCCGAUGAGCAGAAGAGAAAAUUUCUGCAAGAGGGGCGAAUACUGAAACAAUAUGAUCAUCCAAAUAUUGUGAAACUCAUCGGAAUUUGUGUGCAAAAGCAACCGAUUAUGAUUGUCAUGGAGCUAGUGGCUGGGGGCUCUCUCUUGACCUACCUGAGGAAAAAUUCUUCGUCGAUUAGUCAGAGGGAACAAUUUCGUAUGUGCAAAGAUGCAGCCGCUGGAAUGAGAUAUUUAGAGUCAAAAUAUUGUAUUCAUAGGGAUUUAGCAGCUCGCAACUGUCUUGUCGGUAAUGAAUCUAUUGUCAAGAUUUCGGAUUUUGGAAUGUCCAGGGAGGAGGAGGAGUACAUCGUCUCGGAUGGAAUGAAACAAAUUCCUAUUAAAUGGACUGCACCUGAAGCUCUAAAUUUUGGUAAAUAUACUUCUUUAUGUGAUAUCUGGAGUUACGGAGUUCUGAUGUGGGAAAUAUUCUCAAAGGGGGGAAACCCUUACAGUGGAAUGUCUAAUUCACAAGCCAGAGAAAAAAUAGAUGCCGGAUAUCGAUUACCCGCACCGGAUAACACACCCGAUGAAGUUUACAAACUAAUGCUGAGAUGCUGGGAGUACGAGCCCGACAAAAGACCCCAUUUCGAACAAAUUUACAACAUAAUAAAUGCGUUGUGCCAGUCGCACGUUUGAAUAAAUCAACUACAAUAUUGCUGAUCAGUAAUUUUCUUACGCUAACCGCUGGUGAAAUAGGACGUCACCGAAGAAAAAAUGAAAUACCAUGAAAAUAACAGAAUAUACAGAGCAUUGGGCCACGAUAAAUCAAGCCUCAAUGGAAUUCUGAAUUCGUUAGAUGGGAAUGAGAAAAAAGAGAAUUGGAAAUCUCCAUAGUAUUUGUAGCGUUCAAUGAACGUCGCAAUUAGGUCAUGUAUUUGCACGUCUGAUGGAGAUGUUAACGUUCUUAGAAUCGGCCAAUACAACUAUUACUUGUAUUACGCUUCUGAGCUGUUCUGCUCAUCGAUAUUUUUUAUAUAGUUUUGUGAUGUAGCUCUAGAAAUGGACACUCGAGUAAUUACUUGAGUUAUCGAUUCGAUUUGUACAGAAUUUAUAUUUAUUGUUAAUUAUUCAUUGAAUACCCUCGUUUAUUAUGAUAUUUUCUAUGAAAUUGUAUUGAGAGGUGAACAUGUUUGAUUAUUUAAACCAUUUAAUUCGUUUAUGACGAUCACUGUGAAACAUUUCACAUGUCAUUAUUAUAAAAUUUCUGAAAUCUUAUUAUUUUAUUUCUGCAAUAGUAAUUUAUGUCAUCAAUCUCUGCCUCUACAGAUUUUUUAUACAGAUGAUUUAUUUUAUCGACGUUACCUAGAUUACGAAUUUACUGAUUAACUACCAUGUUACGCAAAUUAUUGUCUCCCGUUUGAUAGCUCACCCUCGGUUAAUCCCCUCAUUUUUGU